AUGACGGAUGAGGAGGACUCGGAGGAUCAUCCUGGAUAUAGCGAUGAUGACAGCGAUGAUGAUGAGAUGGUCAAUCUCGCCACUCGACCGUCAACUCCGGUAUCAUCCCAUUCGCGAGAGCGUGAGGGACAGGAUAGCCACGAAAAAGCAGGGAGAUUUGUCGCUACUCGGGACCCUGUCAAAAUGCUGCCAUCAAGUAUCAUGCUCCGAGUCUUCCUCCAGCUAGACAUCAAGUCCCUGGCUCGUUGCGACCGAGUCUGCAAGCGGUGGCGUAAAUCACAGACUUUGAACUAUACCUGGUUCCUUCACACCCGGUCGUUCACCUUACCCCAACUCAAGAAAGACCAAGACGGCAACUACAUCAACCGCCAAUCCGCCGACUCGGAGGACUAUGAUCCAUAUGACAAAGCCCACUGGCUGACGAUGUUUAAGACCCCCGUCCCGGCGUCUACGACCCCCCAGUGGUCAAAGCGCGAAUCCAAGCAGGCCUGGCGCCUCACCUUCAAAGGCCUGAUCACCCGGAAAGAAAACCCAUCAUCUGUCCAAGACUUCCGGGUGGACGUCGACGCGCUCUCUUCAGGGCUCGCUACACCACUCGGAGAGCUAGAGACGGGGUACGGAGGGAACAGCCGACCGGCGAGUGGAGCUUCGACGCCGAAGAGCAAGAAGGAGAUGAGGGAUCAUUACAAGUCGCUUCAGGGGCGAAAGAGCAAGGGGAAAGGAAAUCUAGGUGGAACUCAGAGAGGAGUCAAGGAUAUAGGAGGGGCUGGCGAGGAUCGGUUCUCGGCGCCAUGGUGA